AAUUUCCGGUUUUUUGCCGCCAUCACACGGAGGUAUUCAACUGAACAGUGAACAAAUACCAGAAAAAAUGCAAGUUUGGAAUGAUGGAAAAAACCAUCUCGGAGGAACUGAAUAUUCCAAGAAAUGUGGAUGAGUUUGAUACCAGUAUCCUACAACAUGUGACUGAUGAUGAGGAGGCAAAACUAUUUGCCAAUAUAAUUGAUUUUAAAGCUGGAAGAUGCUUCAUAAAAACAAAAUUCCAUCAUGUUUUCAUUAAUAUGAUUGAUCGUAUUUACAAGAAGUGUAGGAAACUUUGGAAUAAUGUUACAGGAUUACAGGGACUAGGGAAAACAUCUACAGUUUUGUAUUAUGUUUUAGACUGCAGGAGAAAAAAAGACAGUGGGAUUCAUUACAUUGAUCUAAAUGAAAUUGAAAAGAGAGAUAAAAAUUUGGCGAAGUUCACUUCCUUCUCUGAGAAUUUUCAAGCUGCAGAUUGUCUUGUUAUAGAUCAUAUGACAAUUUUUAACUCCCACUAUACUGACAAAAUCAAAAGCAUACUUGAGGAUAAAGACAUUAAAUUUAUUUUGAUCCAGACAGGAUUUACUGCCACAAGUCUACACAAAGGUGAAAUUGACUGUGGAAAAGAAUUACAACUAGAUGAAGGAGACUUUUUGAAAAUCUGGAGUGGGUCUCUAAAAGCAUUAGACUCUAAAGAUGAAGGCCUCGCACAGAAAGGAAAAGAUGUGUACGAUGUGUUUUCUAAACACUUCAUAAUGACCCCUAGAUUACUUCAUACUGUCUUGGAGUUCAUGUAUGCAUUUGGAAAAACAGUUGAGCAAGCCUGGGUACUAUAUACAAAAGAAAUCCAAGAAGAAAUAGCUAAUUUUAAAGGAAGUGGAAACAGUGCCGUGUAUGACAAAUUUAUGCUUCAUACCACUAUUUUACUUCGAUAUAUUCCUGAUGAGGGAGAAUACAUCUUUACAGAAUCACAAGUGAGACAACUCAUGAUAGCUAUCAACAUCUUUCAUUUGGACAUUCACAGGGUUACACAAGAAGAUUUAGAAAACAAUUCCAGGAUUAUUGAACUAGGUAUACAGGAGGGAGAUGUAGUUGUGAUGGUACAGCAUCUUCAACCAUAUCUAGCACGUGAAUGGCGAGAAAGAUUGCCAUAUAGUCUGGAAAAGGUCUUACAAAGUGCUAGUAGUGAUGAAAUUUUUUCUGUUAUGUUCCAAAAUGGUGGGGCCAGAAAGGAGUUUGAAAAAUUAUUGGUUAAUGUCCAAAAGGUAAAAGGUAUUGUUUUGCUGCCUUUCAUAAACCAUACUGUGGCAACUUCAUAUCAACCCUCUGAAACUCAGUUUUAUGUUUCACAAGCAAAGUUGGAUGAUUGGCUUCUUCUAAGAAUUCCUUCUGGAAAAUUUCUCCAUCCAGAUCGACAGAUCUUAGAUGACUUUGGGAGAAAUGUUCCUUCAAGUAUGAAGGGCCUUGAAAACAUUGUUUUUAUGGUAGCUUUGUAUGUUAAAAAACUUACAGCUUCAACAGACAAAUUUGUUGUCUACCCAGAGAUCCAAAAAUUUUUGGGAAUUGAUUACUUUGUGUUUGUUACUAUCAAAGAGGAAACGGAUGUCUGCACUCCUGCUAAGAUGUCACGACCCAGCAGAAACUCAGUUCUUUACCUUAUGCAAGUUGCAACUGGUGCUACUCACAGCGGAGAUACAAUUGGUCGAGCUUUGGAUGUUGUGAAGAGUGUCUUUUCAGAUACAACAAUUACUAUCCAUGUUGUCGUCAUUAUUGCAAGGAGUGAUGCCAAUGCAUAUCCAUUAACAAAGUGCAGCUUUGAGAAUAUCACAAUCCUAAACUUGUAUGAGGAAACCCCUAGCUGUCUCCAAGAACUCUUGCAGUCCGACAAUCUCUUGCAUAACUUUUAUUUACAACUGGUGAGAAAGAAGCAAGAUUGAUUAUACACGUAUAUGUGUAGCAAAAUGGAUUUUUAUACAGUCUUUAAUAGAAGGGUUAUAAAUGGUUUAUGAGUUCACAGAGGGCUGAAAAUUCAUCUUGCUUUGCAUUAUAUUCCUGUGCAGGUUCCAUUUGCUGUAAGUUAAAAUGUGUUUUUAGCUCACCUACCUGAGCUGAAAGCUCAAGUGAGCUUUUCUGAUUGCCUGUUUUCUAUCUGUAAAUUUUUUACAUUUUCGACUUCUUCUCCAGAACCACAAGGCCAAUUUCAACCAAACUUGGCCAAAAGCAUCCUUGGGUGAAGUUUGUUCAAAUGAAUAGCCAUGUCCCUUUCAAAGGGGAGAUAAUCACAAAAAUAGGGUGGGGUCAUUUAAAAAUCUUCUUCUCAAGAACCACUGGGCCAGGAAAGCUGAAAUUUACACGAAAGCUUCCUGACAGUGCAGAUUCAAGUUUGUUAAAACCAUGGCCCCUGGGGGUUGGAUGGGGCCACAACAGGGGAUCAAAGUUUUGCAUACAAAUAUUUUAGGGAAAAUCUUUAAAAAUCUUCUUCUCAAGAACCACUGGGCCAGGAAAGUUGAUAUUUACAUGAAAGCUUCCUGAUAUAGUGCAGAUUCAAGUUUGUUAAAAGCAUGGCCCCCGGAGGUUGGAUGGGGCCUCAAUAGGGGGAUCAAAGUUUUAUGUACAAAUAUAUAGGGAAAAUCUUUUAAAAUCUUCUUCUCAAGAACCACUGAACAAGAAAAGCUGAUAUUUACAUGAAAGCUUUCUGACAUAGUGCAGAUUCAAGUUUGUUAAAACCAUGGCCCCUGGGGGUUGGAUGGGGCCUCAAUAGGGGGAUCAAAGUUUUAUGUACAAAUAUAUAGGGAAAAUCAUUUAAAAUCUUCUUCUCAAGAACCACUGAGCAAGAAAAGCUGAUAUUUACAUGAAAGCUUUCUGACAUAGUGUAGAUUCAAGUUUGCAAAAAUCAUGGCCUCCAGGGGUAGGUUGGGGCCAUAAUAGGGACUAAGGUUUUACAUGCAAAUAUAUAUAUGGAAAGUCUUCAGAUAUGGGCCAAGGGGACUCGGGUGAGUGAUGUGGCCCAUGGGCCUCUUGUUUGUCUAGCCAAAGAAGUAAUAUUCAUUAAAAUUCUUAACAUUUGAUCAACAAUUAUACUACUUCUUUUAAAUUUCCUUCUUUAUAAGCUGCCUUGUGGUUAUGCCCUCUGGGCCCAAAAUUGGAAUAAGCUAAUCUUAUCUAUACUAUUUUAUGAUGAAGUUAUAUUAAAUAUAGUAAGACUAUUUUUGAAUCAGGCAAUUGAAGUCUAAAAACUUUAGAAUGAUUUACAUCUACUUAAAGAGAUUGGUAUUCUUGUAAACUUUAAAUAAUAAUUUUCAUAUUUGUA